AUGGCUUGUAACGAGCUUGAUCGUAGGCAUCCUAGGCUUAUAGGCAUCCUCCUAGCCAACGUGGGCAUCCUAGCCAACGCGGGCAUCCUCCUGGCUAGCGUAGGCAUCCUAGCCAACUAUUAUACGCGGAUGGUCCUCAGUGACCAUCUGGCGGUAAAUGUUAUAUGUCACAAAAGCAUCCUGGGCUUGCGGGCAUCCUCCUGGGUUCGCGGGCAUCUUCCUGGGAUUGUGGGCAUCCUGGCCAACGCGUACAUCUUCCUGGGUUCGCAGCUCGAUGCGCCGUUGCCUCGCCGCUUUUCCUUGCAUGGCUGGCUGACUCGCGACUUUGCGAACCAGAACCCAAAUCUUCGAAAUCAAGAUCCUCGACACCGAUCGAGACCACAACACAACAUGACCAGCAGGCGCGACUUCCUCAGCCAACCGGCGCCCGAGAACUACGUGGCCGGCCUCGGUCGUGGUGCUACGGGCUUUACAACAAGGUCCGACCUCGGCCCUGCGCGCGAAGGCCCCAGUGAGGACCAGAUCAAGGCCGCCGUCGCCAAGCGGUCCGCCCAGCUCGGCCUGACCGAGCCCAAGGACGACGAUAUUGACGAUGACGAGCGGUAUCAGGACCCCGACAACGAGGUUGGGCUUUUCGCUGGCGGCAUCUACGAGAAGGACGACGAAGAAGCUGAUCGGAUAUGGAAAGACGUCGACGACAAGAUGGCCAGGCGCCGCCAGAAGCAGAGGGAAGCACGAGAGAAGGCCGAACGCGAGGAAUACGAACGCAAGAACCCCAAGAUCCAGCAACAGUUCGCCGGGCUCAAACGAGCGCUGGAGUCGGUGACCGACGAGGAGUGGGCGAACCUGCCGGACCCCAAGGACCUGACGGGGCGGACGAAGAGGGCCCGCCAAGCCCGCAUGCAGCGCUUCUAUGCCGUUCCCGACAGCGUCCUCGCUGCCGCCCGAGAUCAGGGACAGUUCGGCACCACCGUUGCCGACGACGGCACCGCCACCGAUGCCAAUGCGGACGGUACCGUAACCGACUUCGCAAAGAUCGGCGCCGCCCGGGACAAAGUGCUCCGGGCGCGCCUCGAACAGCAGUCGCAAAGCAGCGGCAUCGCCACGGCCGGAAGCGCGACAAGCAUCGACCCCAAGGGCUACCUGACCUCCUUGGCGAAUAUGCAAGGCGCCGAGCAGAGCAUCGGGGAUAUCGAGCUGUUCCGAAAGAUGCUGAAAUCGGCCGUCGACUCCAACCCGAAGCAAGCGGCAAGCUGGAUCGCCGCCGCCAGACUGGAGAUCGCCGCCGGGAAGCCCGGUGCGGCCCGUACCUUGAUCGCCAAGGGCUGUCAACACUGUCCCAAGAGCGAGGAUAUCUGGCUCGAAAACAUCCACCUCAACGACAACCGCAACGCUAAAGUCAUCGCGGCGCAAGCGAUUCAGGCCAACCCGCACUCGGUGAAGCUCUGGGUGGAGGCCAUGAAGCUGGAGAACGAUCCGCGCUCCCGGAAGAAGGUGAUCCGGCGAGCGUUGGAUCACAACCAGGAGUCCGAGGCGCUGUGGAAGGAAGCCGUCAACCUCGAGGAGGACCCUGCGGAUGCGCGGAUGCUGCUCGCCAAGGCCACGGAACUCAUCCCCGAGUCACUCGACCUGUGGCUGGCACUGGCGCGCCUCGAGACCCCGGAAAACGCCCGCAAGGUGCUGAACAAGGCGGUCAAGAAGCUCCCGAACUCGCACGAACUGUGGAUUGCCGCCGCCCGCUUGGAGGAGCAGCUCGGCGAGGGCAACAAGAAGCAGGUGAUGAAGAGCGCCGUCAGGUUCCUUGCCGGACGGAACGCGAUGCCGAAGCGCGAGGAGUGGAUCGCGGAGGCCGAGAAGUGCGAGGAGGAAGGCGCCGUCAUCACGUGCAGCAACAUCAUCGAGGAGACCCUCGGCUGGGGCCUGGACGAGGACGACGACCGGAAGGAGAUAUGGAUGGACGAUGCCAAGGGCAGCAUCAGCCGCGACAAGUUUGCGACCGCCCGUGCCAUCUACGCCUACGCGCUGCGGGUGUUCCCCAACAGCAGGACCCUCUACCUCGCCGCGGUCGAUCUCGAGCGCAACCACGGCACCAAGGACGAUCUCUGGCGGGCGCUCGAGAAGGCCGUGGAGGCGUGUCCGCACGUCGAAGCCUUCUGGCUCAUGCUCGCCAAGGAGAAGGCCGGCGAGAUCAACGAGGCCCGCCGCGUGCUGGCCCGGGCGUUCAAGCAGAACCCGGACAACGAAGACAUCUGGCUGGCCGCGGUCAAGCUGGAAGCGGACAACGGCUUCAUCGACCAAGCACGAGACCUCCUCAAGACGGCGCGGCAGAACGCGCCGACCGACCGCGUCUGGAUGCGCAGCGUAGCCUUCGAGAGGCAGCUGGGCGCCAACGAGGCGGCGCUGGACCUGGUGCAGGACGCGCUCCAGCUCUUCCCCGCGGCGCCCAAGCUGUGGAUGAUGAAGGGCCAGAUCUACGAGGACCUCGGCAAGGUGCCACAGGCCCGGGAAGCGUACAGCACGGGCGUGCGGGCGGUACCGUCGUCGGUGCCGCUCUGGCUGCUGUACUCGCGGCUAGAGGAGCGGUCAGGCAACGUGGUCAAGGCGCGCAGCGUGCUCGACCGGGCGCGGCAGGCGGUGCCCAAGUCGCCCGAGCUCUGGACCGAGCUCAUCCGGGUGGAGCGGCGGGCGGGCAACACGAACCAGGCCAAGAGCCUGAUGGCGAGCGCGCUGCAGCAGAUGCCCAAGAGCGGGCUGCUCUGGGCGGAGCGGAUCCUGCACCUGGAGCCGCGCACGCAGCGCAAGUCGCUCAUCACCGAGGCCAUCAAGAAGGUCGAGGACGACGCGGUGCUGCAGGUGACGGCGGCGCGCAUCCUGUGGGCCGAGCGCAAGCUGGACCGCGCGCAGAACUGGUUCGAGCGCGCCCUGCUGCUCGACCGCGACCUGGGCGACACCUGGGCCUGGUACUACCGCUUCCUGUCGCAGCACGGCACCGACGAGAAGCGGGCCGAACUCGUGGCCAAGUGCGUGCUGAACGACCCGCGCCACGGCGAGCACUGGCAGGCUGUCGCCAAGGACCCCAAGAACGCCGGCAAGAGCACCGAGGAGAUCCUCAAGCUCGUCGCGGCGUCUCUGGCCUGAGCUGGGGGGAGAAAAGGGGGGGAAUCCUGUUAUGGUACAUACAUACCGUGCUCCAUUCUCUCAAAACCGACAGAGAGUAGGGUUAGGGAAGAGGGCAUGGUGAAUAAAAGGCAGUCAGAGAUGAUCCAGAAGAGCUCACGCAGGGUUCUAUGUAUUAUCGAGUUUUGUGUGUCUUGAUAUCCCCGGAGCCAGCCAUAUGCUAUGAAAUGUUGUUUGAUGUGUUUUGAUUAUACCCCC